GGGUCAACCACAGGUCCAGAGCCGCUGCACCAUGAGCGUGUCUGCACUGAACCCCACCCGGCUCCCGGGCAGCCUCUCCGGGCUCCUCCAAGUGGCGGCCCUGCUGGGCCUGCUCCUGCUGCUGCUCAAGGCAGCUCAGCUCUACCUGCACUGCCAGUGGCUGUUCAGAGCCCUCCAGCAGUUCCCGUGCCCACCCUCCCACUGGCUCCUGGGGCACAGCAGAGAGAAGAACCAGGAGCUGCCACAGAUUCUGAAAUGGCUAGAGAAAUUUCCCAGUGCCUUCCCACAGUGGCUGUGGGGGAGCAACGUCCGAGUUCAGCUCUACGACCCGGACUACAUGAAGGUGAUGCUGGGCAGAUCAGACCCAAAGGCUCGCAGUGUCUAGGAGUUCUUGGCCCCCUGGAUUGGGUACGGUUUGCUCCUGCUGGACGGGCAGACGUGGUUCCAGCACCGGCGCAUGCUCACCCCAGCCUUCCACUACGACAUCCUGAAGCCCUACGUGGGGCUCAUGGCGGACUCCGUCCAAAUCAUGCUGGACAAAUGGGAGCAGCUGGUCAGCCAGGACUCCUCCCUGGAGGUCUUCCAACACGUCUCCCUGAUGACCCUGGACACCAUCAUGAAGUGCGCCUUCAGCUACCAGGGCAGCGUCCAGCUGGACAGCAGGAAUUCCCAGUCCUACAUCCAGGCUGUUGGGGACCUGAACAACUUGGUGUUUGCCCGGGUGAGGAACGUCUUUCAUCAGAGCGACACCAUCUACAGGCUGAGCCCUGAAGGCCGCUUGUCCCACCGUGCCUGCCAGCUCGCCCACGAGCACACAGACCGAGUGAUCCAGCAGAGGAAGGUUCAGCUGCAGCAGGAGGGGGAGCUGGAGAAGGUCAGGAGGAAGAGGCGCUUGGACUUCCUGGACGUCCUCCUCUUUGCCAAGAUGGAGAACGGGAGCAGCCUGUCCGACCAGGACCUCCGCGCCGAGGUGGACACAUUCAUGUUCGAGGGCCACGACACCACGGCCAGCGGCGUCUCCUGGAUCUUCUAUGCCCUGGCCACGCACCCCGAGCAUCAGCACCGGUGCCGCGAGGAGAUCCAGGGCCUCCUGGGGGACGGAGCCUCCAUCACCUGGGAGCACCUGGACCAGAUGCCCUACACCACCAUGUGCAUCAAGGAGGCGCUGAGACUCUACCCACCGGUGCCAGGUGUUGGUAGAGACCUCAGCAAGCCUGUCACCUUCCCUGAUGGACGCUCCCUCCCCAAGGGCAUCACGGUCAUGCUCUCCAUCUAUGGCCUGCAUCACAACCCGAAGGUGUGGCCAAACCCAGAGGUGUUUGACCCUUCCCGCUUCGCACCGGGUUCUGCUCGCCACAGCCACGCUUUCCUGCCCUUCUCAGGAGGAUCGAGGAACUGCAUCGGGAAGCAAUUUGCCAUGAAUGAGCUGAAGGUGGCCGUGGCCCUGACCCUGCUGCGCUUCGAGCUGCUGCCGGAUCCCAAAAAGGUGCCCGUCCCCACAGCACGGGUUGUACUGAAGUCCAUCAACGGGAUCCACCUUCAUCUAAGGAAGCUCCACUAACCCUGGUGGAGACGAGAAGAGACUCUGGGGGCCUCCUGCCUCGCAGCCUGUCUUCCUGUCACCUGUUCCUGUCCCCUGCCUGAUGGUCCACUUCCUACUUUUUAUCUGUCCACCUGUCCUUCAUCCACCUGCCUUCCUUUCUGCCUCCGCCGUCUGUCUGCCCAACUUUCCUCCUGACUGCCAACUUGCUGAUGUGGCUAUGUGCCUCGUGUCUGUCUGCAUCUCUGUCCACCUAAUCUCUGAUCACUGCCUGCCCUUCUCCCUGUCUGCCCCUCUGCCUGCCUUUUGCCUUUUUGUUGCUUGCAUUUCCCUGUAUUGCUGCCAUGAUCAAAUUAUCACAACCUUACUUGCCUGAAGUAACAAAUUUCUUCUCAUGCAGUUUUGAAGAUCAGAAAUCUGAAAUGGGUUUCACUGGGACAAAGCCAGAGUAUUGGGGGGUCCUCACUACUUUUCAUAACCUAAAGCUGCAUACUUUGCAUCCCAAGGCUUAUGGAUGAUUCCUCCCUAUGUUAUAAGGACCUUUGUUAUUAUACUGUGUCUACUCAGAUAAUACAGAAUAUACUCAGUGCUCCAAGGAUUAGGACUUGGAUAUCAUUGGGAUGCACUUGUCAGCAGAGCUCAGUCCCUUCCUGCCUGUCAUGCAAUCUGCCCAUCUAAAUCUCUCCUGCAUAGAGCCUGAAUAUAUUAUUGUCAUUCACACAAGGCUUUCCAACUUCCCUCUUCUUCGGGUAGAGAUGGAAAGAAAGGAAGGAGUCACAGGAGUAGAAGGAAGGUGAAGUGACUUCUGCCCCGUAGUGCCCCAUGCUGAGUCAUGGCCUGGCGUGACUCAUCCCCCUCCAUGGAGACUCAUGCAUGUGAUCCUGAUGCCCCUUAUCCUGUCCACCUCUUGAGGCUCCUGUAGUUGAGUUAGACAAGGGAAUCUUCUCUAAGGAUUCAAACAGGGAAGCUCACACUUGUCAGUGAAUGAGAUCAUUGGUUUUCAGUAUCACAGUGAAAUAUCUGACACAGCAAAGUAGAUACUUAUUUGUUGACAGUUUCGGAGGCUGAAAGUCCAAAGGUUAUGAUGCAGGCUUUUGCAGAAGUCCCUUGCAGGGUUCAACCAGUGGGAUCCCAUGGUCUGCAGGAAGCAGAGAGAGUGGUUGGGCCCAAACUUGGGCUUUUAUGCAACCCUCUUGAGAGAACUGCUUCUGAGGGCAUUCCCCCAAUGACCUAGGAUGUCCCACUAGGCCCUACCUCCUAUAAUUUCCAUCAUUUCCCAAUAUCAUCACCCUGGGGACCAAACCUUUAUCAUGUGGGCCUUUGGGAUACACUUACCAUUCAAACCAGAGACCAUGCCUAUUUUCUAUUCAGUGGUUAGUUUUUCUGAUUAGAAAUUUUUCAGAAUAGGACUGAACGUGAAGCCAUCUUGAGUUCACCAGAGAGGGCUGAUCUGCUAUGAGCACUAACUGGACCCAGCUUAUCAUGGCCCCAUGAUACCUGAGAAUAGGGCCCCAGCCUGACAAUGUCAGCCUCUCUAAUGUCUAAGGACCUACAGACUCUGCAAAAGACUCACAGAAUGGACACCCACCUAGCAAAGGUGGGAGUGCAGAUGAUCUGGCUGGUGGUAGAAGAUCUCAGAUCCCAAGCAACUCUCCCCCCCACCCCGAGGACAGCCUCUUGCCAGUCACCUCCCAUCCUGACUGGCCACCCUGAGGGAUGAGGGCACCAUCAACCCUGCCUGCACUUGGUGAUUGCCUGGGAGGUAGCUUUGGGUCCUGUACUCAACAUCCAAGCACCUAUGUAUUCCUACCAUAUUUCUAGUGGUAUUUUCUGUGUCCCUGGUGACUUCUCCGAAUCCAAGCUCUAUCUGUUUCUGGUUCUGAACACAGGUGUCCCCUGGCCCCCACUACUCUUAGCCCAGGGCUCUGAGUUCCUUGGACCUUACUGAGGCCCUUUGAUUGAAGCAGCACUUCCCUUCCUGCUUCCCUGAAGUGGUGUCUUACAAAGUUGUUGCCUGAUGACAGAACUGACUUCCCCAGGCUGGUGCAGUGGCAUAGUAGGUUAAACCUCCACCUGCGGUGCUGGCAUCUCAUAUGGGCACCAGUUCAUGUUCCAGCUGCUCCUCUUCUGAUCCAGCUCUCUGCUAUGGCCUGGGCAAGCGGUAGAGAAUGACCCAAGCACUUAGGCCCCUGCACCCAUGUGGGAGACCCAGAAGAAGCUUCUGGCUCUCUGCUACAGAUCAGCUUAGCUAGGGCUGUUGUGGCCAUUUGGGGAGUGAACCAGUGGAUGGAAGGCCUCUCUGUCUCUCCUUCUCUCUGUCUGUAACUCUACCACUCAAAUAAAUAAAUGAAAUCUUCAAAAAAAAAAAAAAAAAAAGAACUGACUUCCUUCCCAGUGCCCUGAUCAACCAAGACCCUGAUCCAGUUCAGCCUUGCUCUGAAAGGCGUAGGCUGGACCACCCAUGCUUAACAAUGGGGUAUGAGCAGCAGUCAAGUGGGAAUGUCCUAGACAGUAUGUUUGGGAGAUUCCCUGGUGUCAGAUGGUACAGUAGGGCCAGGCUGGCCAUGCUCAGAGAGCAUCAGAACAAUGGGCAAUCAAAGCCGUCACUAACCAUAGUGUGGUAGGUGGGAAAAAUGACCUGAAUCACAUAGCAAUUGUCAUGUUUCUGACCCAGAAAGAUGAGAGAUGUGGAGACCUGACACUGGUCAAGGACAUGGGGAAGGUUGACAUCAAGAAGGAAAACUGGGUAUCUACAUGUGAAAGAUUGACCUUGGCUUCUUAUUUAUACCAUAAACACAAAGUAGCCAAAAUUGGAUCAAAAAGUUGAAAGACAGCCCAUAGAAUAGCACAAAAUAAUUGCAUAUUAAAUGAAAAUAUAUAACAUACUCCUGUACUCAAGAAAAAAUGCAACAACUCUAUGCAAAAAAAAAAAUGUACAAAGGACUUCAACAAACACUUCUGCAAAGAAGAUAUGUGAACGGCCAUGGAGUAACAUAUGAAAAGAUACUCCACAUAAUUAGUCAUUAGAAAAAUGUAAAUAAAAACCACGAUGAGAUACCACUUCUCAUUCUUUGGGAUGGUUUUAAUUAUUUUUAGUGGAAAACAACAGAUGUUGAACAGAAUAUGGAGAAAUUAGAACUCUCUUAUAUUAGGGGCAAGUAUAAAUUGGUACAGCCAAUCUGGAGAAGUUUGUUGCUCAAAAAAUAAAAACUGUAAUUACUAUGUGAUACAGCAGUUUUACUCUUAGGAAGACAAAGAGGAGGGUCAGCAUUGUGGCGUAGUGAGUAAAGCCACUGCCUGCCAUGCUGACAUUCCAUGUGGGCACCAGUUCGUGCCCCAGUUGCUCCAAUUCAGAUCCAGCUCUAUGCUAAUUACCUAGGACAAGCAUCAGAGGAUGAUAUGGGCCCUUGCUACCCAUGUGGGAAACCUGGAUGAAGCUUCUGGCUCCUGGAUUGGCCCAGUUCUGGCCAUUGUGGCCAUCUAGGGAGUGAACCAGCAGAUGGAAGAUCUAUCUCUAUCUCUAUCUCUAUCUCUAUCUCUAUCUCUAUCUCUUUCUCUAUCUCUCUAUUUAUCUAUCAUUCUCUCCCUGUCUCUCUCCCUCUGUAACUUUUUCAAAUAAGUAAAUAAAUCUUUUUUCAAAAAGACAGAAAGAGAGAGAAGUCAUGUUGAAAUAAGCGGGAAGGAGAGUUGCCUAUUUCAUUCCUCCCUCAAUUCCAAGCAGCAAAACCUAGAGAGAGACACCUCCCACUUGAAGGAAGGACAGGGUAUCAAACCAGUUCUUGAACUUGGAUCUCAAUGCCAGGUCCACUGCAGUAGAACUCAGAGUCAAACAGCCCCUGGCCUAGGAGUAUAUUUAACCAAAGAGGCUAUAAAUCAUUAAUAAAGCAAUCUUAACAGGACACAAAGAAAUGGAAGACUUUCCAUGUUCACAGAUGUACAGCAAUUUACAGAUCCAAUAUAAUCCCUACCAAAAGUCCAAUGGUAUUUUGCACAGGACUAUAAAAAAACACAACUAAAACUUGUGUGGAACCUCAAAAGACCCGAGAUAACCAAAACAAUAUUGAGCACAAAGAAUAAAGCUGACUUAAACUACUUGACUUUAAAAUGUGUUAGUAAAGUACAAUAAUUAAAACACCACAGUAUGGUGCUGGCACUGUGGUGCAGUGGGUUAACACCCUGGCCUGAAGCGCCAGCAUCCCAUAUGGGUGCUGGUUCUAGACCCAGCUGCUCUUCUUCUGAUCCAGCUCUCUGCUAUGCCCUGGGAAAGCAGUAGAAGAUGGCCCAAGUCCUUGGACCCUUGCACCCACAUGGGAGACCCGGAAGAAGCUCCUGGUGCAGCUCUAGCCGUUGCGGCCAGUUGGAGAGUGAACCAUCAGAUGGAAGACCUCUCUUUCUCUCUCUGCCUCUCCUCUCUCUGUGUAACUCUGACUUUCAAAUAAAUAAAUAAAUCUGAAAAAAACAUAGUAUUAGCAUAAAAUAGAACCAUAGAUCAAUAGAAGAGAGAAUAGAGACUCUAGAAUUAAACUCAUGCAUAUAAAGCCAACUUAUCUUUGACAAACAUGAUAAGAACAUGUACUGGGGAAAAGGGUAGUAUUUUUAAUAAAUGAUACUGGAAAAUUACAUAUUCAUAUGCAGAAAAAUGAAAUACAUCCCUGUCUCUGUCUCACACCAUGUACAAAAAUCAACUCAUAAUGGAUUAAAGACUUAAAUGUAAAACCUGAAACUUUGACACUACUAGGAGAAAACAUAAUGGCAAUUGGUUGGAAUGAACAAGGAUUUUUUAGAGCAGACCCCCAAAGCACAGGAAAUUAAAGCACAAAUAGACUAAUGGGAUUUCAUCAAACUAAAGAGCGUCUGCAGAGCAAAGGGAGAGAUCAAUAGUGAAGAUACAACUUAAAAAUAGGAGAAAAUAUUUGCAACCUAUACAUCCAACAAGGGGUUAAUAACCAGAAUACAUAAGGAACACAGACAGCUCAAAUAAAUAAUAAUAAUCCAAGCUUAAAAAUUGACAGUAGAUCUAAUCAGAUGUUCUUUAAAGGAAGAUAUGCAAAUAACCAAUAAGCACAUGAUAAAAAUGCUCAACAUCACUAAUCAUCACGGAGAUGCAAAUUAAACCUACAACAAGGUAUCACCUCACUGCAAUUAAACUACCAUCGAGAAGACCGAAGAUAGUAAGCAUUAGCAAGAAUGU